ACUCCAGGUAGAAGAUAAAUUAAGGAAUCAGAAGAAACUUGAGUAUACCACAAAGAAAACAAGGAAGUAUCCCGGAGCAGAAUCUAGAGUACAAGUGCUGGUAUGAAAACACCCAGCCCAGAAAAGGAGCAGGAGUUAUGAAUGAUGUCUCCGUGAGAGGUCUUAAAUGUCCAUCAAAUGCCUGGAGAGGUGCAGUUGCACAGAGCAGCUCUUGUGAACCACAUCACCUCCAGCUGUCAAACUCACGCCUCUGGCCUAAAGCGCUCAGCCAGCAUCGCCUGCCCCACGAAUGGCUACCCAGAGGAAGCACUUGGUGAAAGAUUUCAAUCCUCAUAUCACCUGUUACAUCUGUAAAGGAUAUCUUAUCAAGCCAACCACAGUAACUGAAUGCCUCCAUACCUUUUGUAAGACAUGUAUUGUUCAGCACUUUGAAGACAGCAAUGACUGCCCCAGGUGUGGCAAUCAGGUGCAUGAGACCAAUCCAUUAGAAAUGUUAAGGUUGGAUAACACAUUAGAGGAAAUUAUAUUUAAGCUGGUGCCUGGACUUCGAGAACAGGAACUUCAGCGUGAGAUCGAAUUUUGGAAGAAAAACAAACCUCCAGAAAAUGGACAAGAUGAAAGUCCAAAAGCUGACAAGCCCAAAGUAGAUGAAGAGGAUGAUGAAAAUCAAGACGAUAAAGAUUAUCAUCGGAGUGACCCACAGAUUGCUAUUUGCCUUGAUUGUUUACGGAACAAUGGGCAGUCAGGGGAUAACAUAGUAAAAGGUUUAAUGAAGAAAUUCAUCCGCUGUUCUACACGAGUGACUGUGGGAACCAUCAAAAAGUUUCUCAGUUUAAAAUUAAAGCUUCCAAGUUCUUAUGAGCUGGAUGUACUAUGCAAUGGUGAAAUCAUGGGGAAGGAUCAUACUAUGGAAUUCAUCUAUAUGACAAGAUGGAGACUAAGAGGCGAAAAUUUUCGGUGUCAGAACUGCUCAUCUUCGCAAGUCUGCUCACAGGAUGGCACUUUUUAUCAGUCUUACCCAAUGGUACUGCAGUAUCGACCCAGAAUUGACUUUGGUUAGACCAAAGGGCCGGAUCCUACUGAGAUGAAUCCUGCACUAUUUGUUACCCAUCGACAGAUUGCACAAUGAAUGGAUGUGCCUGGAUUAAGGGGACACAACCAGAUUUUCAGCAUGCAAAUAAGGACAUUGUCUUUCUUAAAAUUGUCAAUUGCAUCUUUGUUGUUUCUAUUAGAGCAAGCCAAGUGCCAUUCUGCUACUGAAAUGUGCAUAAGAUAUUUGUGGUAUCUUAAAAGUGUGCUGCAAGUCAUAGCCAAAAUCAUGACGUGUAUAGUCAAGAUUCAGAAACUACAGAACAUUUUGCCUGCCUGUUAGAAGAGUUUUCUGGUCCUAAUGUUGAUUACACUAGCAAAAUGGCAGAAUGCUCAUUCCAUGUGGUGUUGCAAUUGUCACAUAUUUACUAUUUUACUGAUUAUUGUUGUAUAAAUGAUAGAGAACUGUACAAAAAGUUAUGGAUUAUACCUUGAAAAUAUUUUGUAUAGAAAAUAUAUUUAGAACAGUGGUGAUUGUGCCACUACAUUUUUCUUCUUAAGUUUCCAUGCGUCCAGGUAUAGCUCGCUCAUGAGUGUGCAACAAUCAUUUUGCAAUGAAUGAAGAUUAUCCUUACAACAAUAUUAGAACAUAGUAAUUCAACUAAGCCAUUUUAAAUUGUCUAAAUAGAUUCUACCAGUAUCACCUAAUAGCACCAUAGCCCUUGUGAGUGCAAAAUUGUAUGACUUGCCUAAAGAUUGGAAUUUGAUAUACAACUAUUUAGGAUACUGGCAACUGGUCAAAUUAGGUUUCUUUUAAUAAAGUCAGUGUAAAAGUGAGGUUAAAAUAAUUUAAAUGUCUAUUAAAAAAGCAGAAAUUCCUGUCUAAAAUUACACCAUAUAGCAAACAUUUAUAUAUCUUUUGUCACUCUGUGCCGUUCACUUUAUUUUUAAGAUUGGGUUUAGAUGUGUCCAAGUGUGGCAUAUAAUAGAGUAAAAUAAUACAAACUAACAUAUUUCAAAAUACAUAGCUUUAAUGGCAUUAAAUUUCUGUUAUGUUUAUCUGGAGUUCAGAAGCUGUUGCACAUUAACUUAAUUAGUUAUUGUCGCAUGCUAAAGCUAGUUCCAUAAAACUAGAGGUAAUGCAAUAUAGUAGAUAAGCAGUCUGGUGAAAAUAAUAGGCUGUUCAAGGCAUUUUUUUUCUCAGACCUGGUAGUGGUGGGGGGGGAAAGUGCUUUUUUUUGCCUUAGGUAUCACAAAUAUAAUGGUUCUAGUGAAGAAAAUUGUAUUAAGGUUUCUGGUAACAUUGCAGGGAGCAUUAUAUUUCAUGCAUUUUCUGUAGUCUUCCAUUGUCUUUGCUCAGUUUACAAGUCAGAGUGGGUUUUUUAUUUCAAACUCUGCAGAGAUACUUACAGUUCAAUACUUGGUAUAAUUUCUACUUAAUGCACAGCUACCAGCAUUCCUACUUACUUUUAUAUGACUUUAUGUAUACAACAAAAAGGAAACAAAUUGACUUUCAGAAGCUACUAUAGAAUGAACUAGUCGUGCUUAGAAAAUCAAAUAAAAAACCUAAAUAAAAAACCACAGGAUCAAAGCAUAAAAGAUAGACGAUGGGAAAUAGCUCCUAUGAAAGUUUGGUGGCAGUACAAUUUAUAUGUGUAGGGCAUGCAAAGAAACAUGCAUUACGGGUGAAAAGCUGGCCUCUGAAGUCAAUGAGAGUUUUGCCAUUGACUUUAGUGAGAACAGGAUUUCAUCCUAUUUGUACACACUGAGUCAGAUCCUACCUUUGUGUUCCAAAAGCCACAUAACAAGGGGGAGUAGAGACAUUGCCCGUAGCAUUCUGUUAAGGAAUCCUGCCAUUGCAGAUGAAGAUUGCAUAUAAUGUGCUGACACAGGGUGCCAUGGGAAACACUCUGAUACUCCCUUCUGCAGGCACAGUGUGCUGACUAGUAUUGGGGCUAGUUGGGCCAUACUGUUGAUAGCAACAGAUGCACUUGCUGGUUGCAAAGGCUAGUCACCUCUUGCCCUCCCAGUCCAUGGCAUGCUCCUUUCCAGUCCAUGGCACCCUCAUUGGCAGAUUGACAAGCUGCUCCAUGUCGGUAGAUCCCAGCUCCUACACAGAGCCUUAACAAAUGCAGUGGUACUCUUCACAGACACAGAGGUCUGCCCACAUGGAUCAGGUUGCAGGAGUGAGAUCCAAAUUUCUAUUGCAUAUCCAUGUUAUCUGCAUCAUACUAAAUUCCUUUAUAAAGAAUCAAUACAAUGUUGUUUCUAAAUAUUUACAUGUAUGUACUAAUGACACCCUGCAAUUUUUAUAUCCUUCACAUCAUAGAAGUGUUUUUAUGCCAGGAGUAUUUUCAAGGUGGCUUCACAUUAAAAUGAAAGGUU